GAGCUAUGGGGCCGAGCAGGUCUGGCGCGAGAGGAAGCUCAGACUCGGGUGCCCCCACCCCGGGAAGGCCGGCAGCUGAGUCGCCCAAGUUGGGGGGCGGGAAAGGAGUAGUAGAAAAGAGCACCUGUUCCUCUGCACGGUCAGCAAACCAUUUUGGUGCCUCCAGAGUUUAUGUUGCGCAGCCAGGGCCUUGUUUUUAAGUAGGAAGUGGUGAAGUUUGGGUCCUUCACUUGUAAAUUGUACCCUUUGAUAAAAGGCCUUCAAUCAGUCAACUAAAAGAGAGCAAAGUCUAGGUGGAGAUUCUUAAGCAUUUGGAAAACAGCUGCUGAAAAAUAGUUGCAUUUGGGGGUUUUCCUGGGAAAAGAUCACUGCAAAUUGAGCUUUUGUUAUCCCCUGGCUACUGGUCUGUGGUAUCCCUGCCCCAGUUUUUUUGUCUUGAGAGGUCUGGAGGAGAGCUACUAGCCAGCUGUGAGAGCCCCUGGCCAGUGGAACUAAUCCACUCUAGGGAGACAGUGGCAGAGAAAGGCGGAGCUGACCUGGAAACCUCUCCUUGGCCACUGUUCUAAGGAACUCACCUUCCAGAGCCUGCUUGCCCAGAACUAGCAGGGGACCCUCUUAGGCACAGAGAGAAUGGUGAUCUUCAGACAGCUGUCGCUAGGCGGGAAGGCCGCCCUGGCUGCUGGCACUGUCUUCGUGUCCAUGAUUAUCUCCCGCUCCUAUCUGGCGGGGAGCAUUGAACUCAGGGCCUGGCGUUGGCUGUUCCGCCUGCAGUUGUCCCUAUUUGCCAACUCAGUCAUGCUCAUUGGUUCUCUCUACAUCUGGCGUAGUGCAGUCAGCAACCUCAGCCACUCCUCAGCUGCAGAGUCGGCCUGUUUUCGGCUUUGGAAGAUGGCAGUUGUGGCAUUUCUGGUCCUGGCCCAUUCCAGUUUCUUCACCAUGCUCUUUUUAGUGGCUGAGGAGCCCCAUAUCUUCUCCUUGGCCGCCUACUCCUGCCUGGGGGCAUACGUCAUCAUGCUGUUCUUCCUCUGCACGCUCAGCGGCAUGGAGCAGGCCUACCAGCUCUUGGCCUGGCGCAGUGGAAAGGUCGUGGGCAGCCUUGAUAAGACGAGGAAGCUGACACUGAGGCCGGCCCUGGCCGUGUUGGUGACCGCCGUGCUCAGUGUGGUCGGGCUUCUGAACGCUGCCCAGCCUCCCGCUGUGAAAACCGUAGAGGUGCCCAUCCACCAGCUGCCCCCCUCUAUGGACAACCUCAAGAUCGUGCUGCUCUCAGACAUUCACUUGGGCCCGACCGUGGGCAGGACCAAGAUGGAGAUGUUCGUGAGAAUGGUGAAUAUGCUACACCCGGAUGUCACCGUGAUCGUGGGGGACCUCUGCGAUUCCGAAGCCUCCCUCCUCCGCACGGCUGUUGCUCCUCUGAGCCAGCUUCACUCACGCCUGGGCACCUACUUCGUCACGGGCAAUCAUGAGUACUAUACGUCCGACGUCAGCAACUGGUUCACGCUGCUGGAGUCCCUGAAUGUCAGGCCCCUUCACAAUGAGAACGUGAAGAUUUCUGCCACGCGGGCCCAGCCUGGUGGGAGUGAGGGUGAUGAGUGGAUCUGCUUGGCUGGCGUAGACGAUAUCGAGGCAGACAUCCUGCACUACUCUGGCCACGGCAUGGAUCUCGUGAAGGCCCUGGAGGGCUGCAGCCCAGACCACACCACCAUCUUGCUAGCUCACCAGCCACUGGCUGCCAAGAGAGCCCUUCAGGCUCGGCCAGAUAUUAACCUGAUCCUUUCGGGGCACACGCAUGCUGGGCAAAUCUUCCCCUUGAACGUGGCCGCCUAUCUCCUAAACCCCUUCUUUGCUGGUCUCUACCAAGUGGCCCAGACUACAUUUGUGUACGUCAGCCCAGGCACGGCCUACUACGGGAUACCCAUGAGGCUGGGCAGCAGGGCGGAGAUCACGGAGCUCAUCCUGCAGCAGGCUCCCUGAACCCGUCUGGGCCCGGACACCUCUUCAUUGCCCACACGCUUCAAUCUCCAUCCCCCAUCAGAACAAGUUGCCUGCUUCAUUCACCCUUUCCAGUUUCUCCUGCACAACCCCUCCAGCAACAUGCUUGGUCCCAAGCCUGGCUUGAACACUGAUUAGUGAUGGGGCUGCCUGGCAGCUUCCACCAGUUUACUCUGUAGUGGCCAGUUACAGCCCACAGAAGUCACACGAGAAUAGCAUCUGUUUCCCAGACAAUGUGGACUAAAUCCUAAUCUGCAGGCCUGAUAGGGGUGAACCAAAGGAUGGGGUUGCUUGACGGGGAUACCUCUAGAAAACAGUAGGGAAGAAACUCGCAAUGUUCUUAAACGGUCUUCGGGACCCGGGCAGUUUCCAGAAUCAUGGACCCAGAGCUUUUUGGGGAAGGGAGGGGGAGAUUUUGGGGGAAGGAUAAUUGGGAGAACAGGCAAAACAAGGCCCCUCUGGUGGCUGGAAAAUAUUUUCUCUACCCCCUGGGUUCUGUCAGUCACCUUUAUUGGCUGAUACCUGGCUCAUCCAGGUCCAGACCUUGAUGAUGCUAUUUAGUUGCCUGUGCUCCUGGGCCUUUGGGGUUGGGUUUGGGGUGAAAGAAACACGAGCCCUGUGGUAGGGGUAAGAGUACAGCCACCUAGGAAGCCCUAAGGUAUUUGACCACCCUCCCUCCACCACUACUCUGUCUCAUUUUCAACAUAUUCAUGAGGUAAUCAGGGACAAUCUACUUUUCCCUAUUUCAGGAUGAGGAAACUGAGGCAGAGAUGAGGCCACUGACAACAUGAUGAGAGAUGCAGGAGAUUCCAGGCUAGAAGCUGUCUUCUCCUUGCCAAUUAAAGUGGUCUUUCCAGAUUGCAGGAUUCAAACACAGUUAACCAUGUAAAUCAGGGAACCAGCUUAGACACUGAAGCCCUUUAAAGGUGAUUUGCUUGAGUCUGAUUGUAAUUCAUCCAUAACUCCUAGGGCCGUGGCCUGGAAGGGAGGCUGCUAGUUUCAGCAAGGAGGUCUUUCCAUUUGGAGAAGAGCCAGGAAACUGAAGCCCCCAGGAUUGGGUCUGACUGUUGAGAAAUGGAGGCUCAUGCUCUACCGGUGGGGAAGUUGAGGCCGGCGCGGGGAGUGGCAGGGCCUCCCAGGCGUCUCUCCCACUGGCUCCUGGCUGUGGAAUGCUGGGUCUUCCUUCCUGCUCAGUGACUUCCCUCCUAGCAGCCUGCCCCCAUCACAGUGCUCUGGCCACAGAACCAUCGGGCCUUCCCUGCUGGCCACUGGAAACAGGCCAGGGUUACCGUAUCUGGAGAGACUCUGCUGUUGGCCGAGCCCUUCUGCCAGAGGCAAGAGCCUCUUUGCUGCUGGGGCAGCAGUAACCACUCAUCUUAGAAAAGGCUUCCCUGAGAAAGCUGAGGGUUUGGACUCAGCAUUGUCUUUUGUGGUUGAGAGUCUUUCUCAGACAGGGAACAAAAACACCACUGAGGCUGGAGAGGCUCACCCUCCUCUCUCACUGGUCGGGUGGCAUGGGCAGUGUUGACUGAGCUUCAGCUUCACUCACCUUAUAAUGGGGAUAAUUAUUGCAUCUACCUCAAGGUUGUUUCAUGGACAGGGUGUUGAGACGUGCGUGAGGUACACAUGGCAUAGUCACGCCGAGGCAGCCAGUGUUGGUGAUGCUUGAACAUCAUGCUCAGCUUGCUAAGGAGCCACAGAUACCCAGGAUUACAGAGCAGCUUACCCUGGGGAAUGUGAGUGGGUGGCCGGCUACCUGUGCGGGACUCAGGGGCUUGUCAGAGCGGCAACUGCUGGGGCUUGGCUUUGCCCUGCCUGUCUUGCCAUCUCCCUGUGCACUCUCUGCCUGGCCAGCAGGCGCUCCUUCAUUUUCCUCCUGGUCCCCUGGUGUCUAAGGGAAUCCCGGGGCAUCUCAAGAUCACCUUACUUGUUUCCAGGCAGCCAAGGUAUUGACCGAGGACCUUUGCUUGGAGAUUUUUGUGUCUUUGGAGAUUUCAGUGGCUUUCUUCUUCCACCGCCCCCACCCCGCCUUGUGUGUGAUCAUCCUUCUAGCCAGGAACAAGUUUGGAUGAAAACUAAUUCAGAACUGAGGAAGGGAUCCUGGAGAUCCUUUCUUUUAACACAUCUUGCAGAUGGCAGGGUUAGAGGGGAGAUGAUGUGCCAAGUUCAAGGUGGUGGCCCAGCUCCCAGGUUCCCUGACUCCCUUCUCCAUGGCACCCCCCAGACCCCCACCCCUCCCCGCCUCAGGAAGGCUCACACGUUCAUGCAAGCUGACCCCAUUUUUUUGGAUCAUUCCUCUCGUCUUUUCGGUUCUCUUUUGUUUGGAUACACCAGACUGGGCCAAGAGUUGCUGCCGUUUGUCUUCCAACCAUUGCUGUAGCUGGUGGUAUUUGAUUUGCCUGCUAUACCAUUUAUUUCCUUGGUUUCUUGAUUCUGGAGCUUUUCCAUCAGUGCCCUGAACUUGAUGCAAUUAGCUUUCAUCAAGUUCUAGUUUUGGGGGUUUUUUGUUUGUUUUUUUUUUUUUUUUGGCUUGGCUUCUGUCUUUUUCUUUCGAUUGUGAUCAUUGUGUGGUCUUGUGAGCCUUCCUCUUUGCUCUGAAGUCCUUGCUUGACUGGUGGGGUGGAAGGUUUCUGCUGGAAAACCUUCCCAGCAGAAACCUUCCACCCCACUGUGAAAGGUCCUACACUGUGACUGUACAGGUAGGACCCUGGGGUGAUCUUUGCACCUCCCUUCUCUGUUCUUCACCCACUUACCUUCUUUGUUUCAUUUGCUAAUGGCUGGGAGGGAGAAGUGAUGAGAAACAUUACUUGAAGCUUGAAAAUUCUUUCAGUUUCACUUUAGCUUUUUUUUAAUCUGUUAAACAAGUUAAACUGAGAUGUACUAUUUUUUUAAAUGACCAAUAGCAUGUGGACAAUGGUAGUUAUAAAAAAUCUUAAUAUAUUAAUUCUGCUGCCAUCCAUUCCAGACAUCCAUUCAUUCUUUUUUUCUUACUUUGUGUUAGAAUUUUUAGUGAUAAAAAAUUUUAAAUAUGCAUACAACGCAGAGAGAACAGCAAAUUGAACUCCCUAUGUACUCAUCACCCACAUUCAACGAUUAUGACUGUUCUAUUCUUUCUCACCUUCCUUGCCCCGUGGUUUUUCUUUUUCUUUUUGGUGAGAGUGUAUGAAGGAAAAUCUUAGAAACCAUAAUUUCACACCAACAUACUUUAUUUGGAGCCCCCUUUUAAAAAUCAUAUCCCUGUUGCUAUGAUUAUACCCAAUGAGAUGAACAGCAAUUCUUUGCUAUCUAAUACCUAGUUAGGAGAUCUGGUUAGAUUUCUAGAAGCCAGGUCUUCUCUCUCAGUAAAGUGUUCUUUGCACUGACUGAGACUUAAGUAACUGUAUCUGUUACAUCUGAGCACAAGAUUCAAAUGCAGUUACCUGUGUAAAGAGUAUUUAGUUUUUUCUUAUCUCAGUUGUCCUUUUUUUGUAGUUAAAAAAACAGCACCCAUUUAUUCACAGUUUUUAAGCUUAUCAUUCCUCACUGUCAAGUAUAUUCCCGUUGUUGUGAAACAGAUCUCCAAAGCUUUUUUACCUUGCGAAUUUGAAGCUAUAUUCACUAAACAAUAACUCUUCCUCUCUUGAAUCCCUGGUUUGUUUUUAUGCAUUUGACUACACUAGGGACCUGGUGUUAAGACAUCAUUUGUCUUCUUGUGACGGUUUAUUUCAUUUAGCCUAAUGUCCUCAGCAUCCAUCCAGGUUGUAGCUUGUGAUAAGACACUUGUAUUUUAAGGUUGAAUCCUAUUCUAUCACCUAUGUACCACAUUUUGUCUAUCCAUUCAUCCUUCAGUGGACAUUGGGUUGUUUCCACUGCUUAUCUAAUCUGAGUAUGCUACUGUGAACAUGGGCAUAUGGAUAACCCUCCAGGGACCCUGCUUUCUAUUCUUUUGGAUCUAUAUUCCAGAAGUGGGAUUGCUGCAUCAUAUAGUAGUAAUAUUUUUUAAUUUUUUGAGGAAACGCCAUACUGUUUUCCGUAGCAGUUAGACCACUUCACAAUCCCACCAACAUCCACAAAUUCCUCCAGCUCCAUAUUGGGCAUCGCCAUUCUCUGUGGUUACUUCACUUCUCUGGCCUGUCUGAUGGAAAGUUAUUUCAAUGACACUUGAUAUUUGAAAGGCUCUGGGCUCUGACAUGCUCAAAGUUUGUUUUAUGCUCAUCUGAACUAGUCUUUCUGUUCUGUGAACUGAGUGAUCUGGGACGCCCAUGUGCGUGAGCCCCCUCCCACCUCUGCCUUCUCCCUUCCCUCAGCCCUAGGGUGCUAGUGGUCUGGGAGGUCUGGUCCUCUAUCACUGUGAUGGUGAAGAGCUCAAAUCAGGAUUCUCCAGGCUCUGGGUCCCUGGGGUGAGUUGAAAGGGUAUGUAGCGUGCUAGAGACGGAGAUGCAUGGACUAGGUGCUUAGCAGAGUUGUACCAAGGGACUUGAAGACAUCCUGUCUUCACAAAUUCAGCAUGACCCCUAACCUGUGAUAUCACUGAGCUCCUUUUAUUUCUUUAUUUCUUUAUUGAGGAAUGUGCACACAUAAUGCAGAUAAUUAUUUUUAGUCCUGAGGAUUAGAAAAUUUCAGGGUAUAUUCACAUUACCUGAUGAUGGAAAUAAAUAUCAGUGUUAUUUUCAUGUGUUUUUUUUUUAAAGAGACAUGCUUAUUUACCACUGAAGUAAUCUGAACUGAAUAAUUAACUUUAAAAUGUUAUAUUGGACAGUAUCAGUGUUUGUGUUUGUAUUUGGGCCAAGGGUUAUUUGUGUGUGUGCUGCUGUUUUUUUCCCACUGUUUGAUGUAUUAUGUAUGGGUUGGGGGUGUGGUAUGUGUGUUGGGGAAGGUGUGAGUUUUGCCUUGCUUGGAAUUGCUUUUUAUUUUGUAAGUUGUCUGUGACCUCGUGUAUUGUAAAUACCAAUGCUACCACACCCUUGCAAGUGUGAAAUAAAACUAUGGCUCUUCAGUAUUCUGUUCCAGUGCC